AUGCUGUAAGCCCAAAGUUCUUGCAUCCUUGUUUUUCCAUUUGUUUGACAUAAUUGAGCCAAAUUGACUCUUAAUUAACACAAGAGAUUGUUGGAUCGAAUUUGAUGACUAGUUGGGAUUGUGUGGUGAAAUCAUUCGUUUUGCAAAUCAAUCGAAUCAUAGAGAGAAAAAUCGUACAUCAAUAAUGGCAUCCAUUCGAAAGAAACUGGUGAUUGUUGGCGAUGGUGCUUGUGGUAAAACAUGUCUGUUGAUUGUUUUCAGCAAAGAUCAAUUCCCCGAAUUCUAUGUGCCCACUGUUUUCGAGAAUUACGUGGCCGACAUCGAAGUGGACGGCAAACAGGUGGAAUUGGCUCUUUGGGAUACGGCUGGCCAAGAAGAUUAUGAUCGUCUUCGACCAUUAUCCUACCCAGACACCGAUGUUAUUUUGAUGUGCUUCAGUAUUGACAGUCCUGAUUCAUUGGAGAAUAUUCCAGAAAAAUGGUCACCCGAAGUUCGACAUUUCUGUCCCAAUGUACCCGUCAUUUUGGUUGGCAACAAAAAAGAUUUGCGAAACGAUCCUUAUACCGUCAAGUCCAAAAUCAAAACCGUAUCGACCGAAGAAGGCAAAGCUAUGGCAGAAAAGAUUAAUGCUUUUGGCUAUCUGGAAUGUAGUGCCAAAACCAAAGACGGUGUCCGAGAAGUGUUCGAAGUGGCUACCCGUGCAGCUUUACAAUCGAAAAAAAGACGCAGAAAGAGGUGUACCAUCUUGUAAUCGGAGGAGAGUUGCUCAAACACUCACCAACCAACGCCCACGAUCCAGCCAUUCAAACAGCAUUCUUUCUCUAUCCAAAUGACAUAAACACACCGGAAAAAACCCAUCUUGCCCCAGAGCUGUUUGGUUAUGGUU